GCCCAGGCCCAGGAACUUCAAUUUUUAAAUUCCCCGCUUUUCUUCUACAGCUCGACUCUCACUUUCUCUGGAAGCAGUGACAAUGGCGUAUUUCAGAUCAUUCCGUGGAGCUCCAUCAGCUCAAAAUUCGUACAAUUCAGGGAAUGCAGCUGCAGCAGGAGUCUGUAUGAUGAAUAGCAAAUGGAAACAAGAACAGAGUCCAUCAUUCAUCAACUUCGUCUCCUCUUUCCUAUCUGCUAAUUCCUUCCGUCUCAACUUCGUCCCUAUUUCCCCUGACUGCAUUUUUAACUGUGGAGGCAUGUCAGUUGCAUUCAUCUUUAUAACCAAUUGGGACUGUGACAAUGUCAUGCCCAUCUUCACUAGAGUUGAGAAGUUGAAGGGCCAGUUUGCUAAUCUUUAUGUGGUUGUUUGCCUUCCAACCAAGAACCAUAAUGAUUCAUUUGUUCGCUCUUACUUCAAGUUUGGAAUGGAGUUUGGGAGGCCUACUUUUGUGCCUGUGCUAGACAAAGAGAUGGGUUUUGAAAAGAUUGUUAAGAUUGCUCUCUCUCGUGGAGCAUGCAAGAAGCAGGAUGUUAUAUCAAAAUUGAAGGCUGAGAGGAGACAAGCUAUGCAAGGGAUGGACAUUUUCCUUAGAGUGGUCACAUCCAUACCAGGCAUUGACAAUCAUGAUGCUAAUGCGCUCAAUCAAGCUAUUGGGUCCAUUGAAGCAAUUGCUAAGGCAUCCAAAGAGCGUAUCCUGGAGACCACAGAUCUUUCAGCUGAAAAAGCAGAUACUAUUACAAGGUUUUUCAGAGAUCCAAAGUAUUACCUGAGUCCAAAAAUCAAUUGAUAGAAGAAACUCCCAGUAACUCAGAGACACUUGGAUAAUAUAGAUUCAAUUUUCCACAAUUUUAUUUCUGUUGCAUGUAUGAUAGAAAUUGUGCAAGGAUGUACAAGUACCGGCUUCUUGAGUUCUGCAAUGCUUCCCUUAUAUCAUUUAAACUUCCA